AAACUGAGAGGAACUCACCGCUUCCGGUCACACAUACAAACGCAUGUAAUCUAGCCGCUAGCUCAGUCAACAACACAAAAAGUGGUUAAAACGUCACUGAAAAUGGUCCAGCUCAGUAGAAUCUGCUUCCGUAAAUAUGGAAACUUUGUGGAAAACCUCCGUAUGUAUGUCCGUGGAGGCGCUGGGGGCAUGGGUCUACCCCGUCUUGGGGGACAGGGAGGAAACGGGGGAGAUAUUUGGGUGGUGGCGACAAAGAACGUGACCUUAAAGAAGGUCAAGGACAUGUACCCAGUGAAGCGUUUUGUAGCUGGAACAGGAGCUAACAGCAGUGUCCGAGCACUGAAAGGAGAGAGGGGGAAGGACAAGGAGAUCGUGGCUCCUGUUGGUAUCACAGUCACCACUGAUGAUGGCAAAAUACUUGGUGACCUGAAUAAUGAUGGUGAUCGUCUGAUGGUGGUGAAAGGAGGACAUGGAGGCUCCCUCUACUCUCGCUUUAAUCCCACUAAAGGUCAGAUCAAACAAAUAAGGCUGGACCUCAAACUCAUCGCUGACCUGGGCCUUGUUGGGUACCCAAAUGCAGGAAAGUCCUCUCUCCUGACUGCCAUGUCUAAUGCCACACCUCAGAUUGCAGACUAUGCUUUCACAACUUUGAGGCCGGAGAUCGGCAAACUGAUGUAUACAGAUUACAAACAGAUUUCCGUUGCUGAUCUCCCCGGCCUGAUCGAGGGAGCUCACUUAAACAAAGGCAUGGGCCACAAGUUCCUUAAACAUGUGGAGAGGACCAAGCAGCUCCUGUUUGUGGUAGAUGUUUGCGGUUUCCAGCUGGCAAGUAAAACACCGUUUAGGUCGGCUUUUGAAGCUGUUCAACUUCUAACCAAGGAGUUGGAGUUGUACAAAGAGGAGCUUGUAUUGAAGCCUGCUUUACUGGUGGUGAACAAAAUGGACCUGCCUGACGCUGAGGACAAAUUAGCAGAGCUGAAGGAGCAACUACAAAACCCAGACGAGUUCUCUCAUCUCAUUCCUGAUGACAUGAUACCAAAAAACUACAUUAACUUCAAACACGUGAUUCCUGUCUCUGCCUCCACUGGGUUCGGUGUUGAUCGUUUGAAAAGUUGCAUCCGGGAAUCCCUUGAUGAAGAUGCAGCGAUGGCAGUUGAAGCGAUCCAUCAAGAGAGGCUGCAGGCACUGAGGAACGACUCGCACAAACAUGUGUGAUGGACACUGACAUACCUGUCACGCAUUUCAGAGGGACCUGCAGUGAACGAUGAGACAGAUGACUCGUCUGCCAAAAAACUAAUUGAACUUUAUUGGCAGGCAAACGGCGUGACACUGAGAAACACCCGUGGCGACAGAAAACUGUCCAUGGAAAUAAUGAAAGAUGACUUUCUCACCAACCGUCUCAGCCUGAACAUCCAAUGUUGUCCACGAGUUGAUCUGUGCUUGGAAUACUUGCUUGUUUUGUCAGAGGUUGUUAUCAAAAUCUACGCCACAGUUAACGAGGUCCAUCUUUAUUCACAGAUGAUACAACAGAUUUAUAUGCUUAACCAUUAAAAGAAUGCAAACGCAACAGCAGCACUAUCUUUAAAUCAAAUUAAGUUUAUUUAUAUAGCCCAAUAUCACAAAUUAUACAUUUGUCUCAGUGUGCUUUACAGACUGUACAGGAUACGACACCCUCUGUCCUUAGACCCUCGCAUCGCACAAGGAAAAACUUCCUAAAAGAAACCCCAUAAUUAAAGGGGAAAAAAUGGUCUUUAGUGCCAGAUACAAUACAUUAUACAGAAUAUACUAUCAAAGGUGCACCAACCAGUGCUUUUCUAUUUCAUCUGGUUGCUCACGAAGAUUAAGAUUGUAUUUUAUUUAUUGGUGUGUUGUGGGGAUGCACCGAUCCAACUUCUUCUCCCCAUUACCAAUUCUGAUACCUCAACUCUGGGCGCAGGGAUUACUGUGACGAUAGUGGACACGCUGAAUUGUUUGAUGACAAAGAAACUGUAUUUACUGUGGAUCGGUCACGUGUGGCUAAAUAAGGUCAGUAUUGCAUCAGCGUGUCCUGAGUGUGUUGCUCAUUAUGUUACACUAAACAAUUAAAGCAAGUUUUUGUAUACAG